UAACAUUCUUCUGUAAACGACAAUACAUUUUACGAAUUCUGUGAAUAUGUAUUUUUUUGUAUAAAUAGGUAAAAAAACUAAGUCAUACUCAGUUCAAAAUCGAAAUGAAGAACAAUCAAGUUACUUCGAUUUUGUUGUGUGUUCUCUUGGGGAGUACUUUGGGGCAUGAUUACCAACGAGCCAAAUAUUUGGCGCCCCGAUCGAAAACAAAUCAUCUCUCCCCCUUCCAAGACCGAGCAGCUGAUUAUGCGGAUAAAUUCUGCGCUUUACAAUGUACCGGCGGAAAUGGCACACCAACAUUAGACAUACAGCUUCAGCUUUUUAUUAACAAGUCAAACGGCGAAAUUACAAUUGCCAACAUUAAGGCGAAUAUCGUUCUCAUCAUAAAUUUCAAAGCAGGUAUAGUGGCCCUCUUGGACGGAUCAACAGGCGGUGGUUUCAUAUUCAGUAUAGACAAUGGAACAGGACUCUACAUUGAAUCUAGUACAAAUAAUAAUUUAUGGCGCAUUUCAAAAGAAUCUUUAGAAAUGUACCUUUCUAAAUCAAUUUCUCUUAAAGUAAUCAUUAAUCUUAACAUUGGAGUCAAGUUCAGUGUUAGUACAGCUUCAAAAGCACAGCUUAGUUUGAUAGCCAGUCUUAUGGCAAAACUAUCUUCCAAAAUCGCACUUCAAAUUAAGUCUAACGAGAGUAUAGGACUCAGUAUUUUAGUAAAUAUAAGCAAAUCCCUCAUCACUAUACUAAACGGUUCACUUAAAGGUUUCUUCAGCCUUGUAGGAGAAGGUAUUAUUAAAAUUAAUGGUGACCUCUUGUGGCUACAACAAGUUUUUAUUGGUUUAGAACUUGUUAUAGGGACAAUGAAAGGAGGAAUAGAUGCCUUAAUCGAAGCUAAAGUCAAAUUUGAUCUAGCUGUUAUUUUUGGAGCAGCUAAUGGAAUCGAAAUUUUAAUCAAUAUUCUCCUAGCCAUCUCUGGAAAAAUCAAUAUUGCCCUAUUAGCUGGUAUUCUAAACUCUCCUAAAAGUUUAUUUGCUCUGAUUGCUCAGCUUGGUGGAGGAAUAGCUGUUGGUGUUACUGGUGUAUUCAGUGUCGUUUCUAAAUUACUGGCCCUCAUGGAUAGUGAUAUUACAAUAGACAUAUUUUUGGCAACUUUGGUAGAAUAUGCUGCCUCUAAACAAGCGAAUGGAGAUAUCGAAAUUGACAUUUAUAUAGGUGCUUUAUGGGAAGUAGUGCAGUAUAUCAAAAUUAACGAUAACAAGGAUUUAGCAGGUUUUUUGAAUAUUUUAAUUCAACUUAAACAAGGGCAACUUAUUGUUAAAGGUAUCAACAUUUCAGCAAUCAUUUCUGUCUUAGCAGGUGCUGCUAAAGUCGGUUUAACACUAGUAGUAUCAAUUCUUAUUAGCAUUGGUGGUGCCGUAGCUGUUGCCAUUUCUAUUCCUGCCUUACUUCUUCAUUUGAUCGGCCAUCUUACUUCAGCACUUGGAAUAACUAUACUCAAAGGUCUGGGUAUAAUUAUUAACGUGUCAUUGGAGGGAAAUAUUUUAGUAAAUAUCCUUAAAGGAUUUAGCGUGACAUCUAUUCUUAAAUUCUUUCUAAGUGGCUUCAAUGUAGUCGCUGUACUUAAAGCUGUUCCUGGUUGCAAAGAAAUCUUUGCUGCUGUAAGUGCUGCUCUAAGUUCUUCAAGUAAUGGCAAAAUUAAGAUUGAAAUUGUACUUGAAUCUAGCUUAGCCUCUUCUUUUGUUGCUCGUAUUCAAGCAAUUAUUAAGACUUUUUUCAAUAUUGGUGGAAGUAGCGGCAAAGCAACCACUGUUAAGGUAGAAACAACCACUUCUGGAAGUAUCUGGGACGAUAUAUUUGGACACCACGGAAGCAGCGGAAGUGGAUCUGGAAGCAGUAGUGGAAGUGGAUCUGGAAGCAUCAGUGGUGGUGGAUCAAUUGGCGGUUCACUAGGAGGAGGUGGAUCUGCAAGCAAUGGUGGAAGCAGUGGUGGAAGCAUUGGUGGAAGCAGUGGUGGAAGCAGUGGUGGAAGCACUGGUGGAAGCAGUGGUGGAAGCAGUGGCGGAAGCAGUGGUGGAAGCAGUGGUGGAAGCACUGGUGGAAGCAGUGGUGGAAGCAGUGGUGGAAGCAGUGGUGGAAGCAGUGGUGGAAGCGCAGGUGGAUCUGAAAGCAGUGGUGGAUCUGGAAACAACAGUGGAUCUGGAAGCAGCAGUGGUGGUGGAUCAAUUGGCAGUUCACUAGAAGUAGGUGGAUCUGCAAGCAAUGGUGGAAGCACUGGUGGAAGCACUGGUGGAAGCAGUGGUGGAAGCAGUGGUGGAAGCAGUGGUGGAAGCAGUGGUGGAAGCAGUGGUGGAAGCAUUGGUGGAAGCAGUGGUGGAAGCAGUGGUGGAAGCGCAGGUGGAUCUGAAAGCAGUGGUGGAUCUAGAAACAGCAGUGGAUCUGGAAGCAGCAGUGGUGGUGGAUCAAUUGGCGGUUCACUAGGAGGAGAUGGAUCUGCAAGCAAUGGUGGAAGCAGUGGUGGAAGCACUGGUGGAAGCAGUGAUGGAAGCAUUGGUGGAAGCAUUGGUGGAAGCAGUGGUGGAAGCAGUGGUGGAAGCAUUGGUGGAAGCACUGGUGGAAGCAGUGGUGGAAGCAGUGGUGGAAGCAGUGGUGCAAGCGCAAGUGGAUCUGAAAGCAGUGGUGGAUCUGGAAACAGCAGUGGAUCUGGAAGCAGCAAUGGUGGUGUAUCAAUCGGCGGUUCAAAUGGAAUAAAAAUAGGAGGAGGUGGAACUGGAAGCAGUGAUGGAUCUGGAGUCGCAGGUGGAUCUGGAAGCAGCAGUGGUGGUGGAUUAAUUGGCAGUUCAGGUGGAAUAAAAAUAGGAGGAGGUGGAUCAAGCGGUGGUAAAGGUGCAAUAUUAAUAGGAGGAGGAGUAGGAGAAGGAAGGAAUCCUCCUGCAAAACAUACAGUAGGAUCAAAUGGAGGUUCAGGUGGACUAUCCGGAUCUGCAAGUGGAGGAAGUUCAGGAGGCGGAACUGGGUCUGGAGGAAAUCAAGGAAGCGGAAGUAGUAAUGGUGGAGGAAGCGGAAGUUGGAGUUGGAGUAGUGGCGGAAAAGGAGGACUAGGUGGAUUUAUCAAUAAUGGCAUUAAAGGAGUACAAAGUGGUUCCAGUAAAUCUUCUGGAGAAAUUGGCCUUUUUGGAGGCUCCAAAGGCUCAGGUUCUAUAAGCAGUGGAUUUCAUUUAAAAAAUCACGGACACCAUGAAAGAAAAGAACACGAACGCCAUCACGAAAAUCAACAUGAACGCCAUCACCAAGAAAAAGAACAUGAAAAAUCCCACUAAACCAUAAAAAAAAUUUAAGCGAGUCUUCUAUUUGUAAAUAUUUAAUGUAAAUAAACGAAAUAUGCGUCAACAGUAAUUGUUUUCUA